UAUAUAUAAUAAUCACCUAUUAUGCAUAAAUAUAAUUAUGAUAAUGUAUAUAAAACUAAAAAAGACAUAAAACCGGAAAUUAAACCCGAAAAAUACAACAAAGAAGCCUACGAACCUGAAGAUUCCAAACCGAAUGAGAAGGAGAAACCGAAUUUUGAACCUUCAGGACUACUCGCUUCUGAAACCAAUAAUCGCAACGGAAUACAACUUAAAUACGUGGUACCGGAGGAGAGUGUAUUACCUGAUUUAAGUUGGCGUUUAUACAUUUUCAAAUCCAAUGAUACUGAACCUCCAAAGGUGAUAAAGUUGGAUGAGCGUGAGUAUUAUUUGAUUGGGAAGGAUCACAGGAUUGUUGAUAUUAAUUUAUUCCACCCCUCAAUCUCCAAACAACACGCCGUCAUACAAUUCCGUAACAUCAAUAAUGAAAUAUUGCCGUAUUUGAUAGAUUUGAACAGUACAAACGGGACAUAUAUAAAUGACAUAAAAUUAGAAUCCUCCAAAUAUUACGAAUUACGUGAGAAGGACAUAAUAAAGUUUGGGUAUUCAUCGAGGGAAUAUUUACUACUCAAUAAUCUCUCCACUUAAUAUCAUAACAAUACA